AUGAACGGGCUCACCUAUGUUUACUACAAAACCAUUGUGGUGAUUAUCCGCUUCCUCUGGGAUGUGAUAAGCUUUGUGGUUCGCCGACCAUCCCCCACCCCCGAUGGAGUCCUCCAUAUCCCCUCCCGCGACUCGGGAAGAACAAUCAAGGCCCAUCUGUACCAUUCAUCAUCCGCCGCGUCAGGCCCCCAACCCGUGCUCCUGAACUUCCACGGCAGCGGAUUCAUCCUCCCCCAUCACGGCACAGACGACGAAUUCUGUCGACGAGUGAGCCGCGCCACCAAAUACACCGUGGUAGACUGUUCCUACCGACUGGCCCCAGAAAACCCCUUCCCUGCAGCGCUGAACGACGUCGAAGAUGCGGUGAACUACAUCCUCAGUCGACCAGACGAGUACGAUGCCACGCACUUCUCAAUCGGCGGCUUCAGCGCCGGAGGCAAUCUCUCCCUAGCAGCCUCGGCUUGUCUCUUCCCGCCAGCCACCUUCCGCUCAUUAAUCGCUUUCUACCCAGCACUCGACCUGAGCAGCCCUGCCAAGUCCAAGAUUGCACCUAACCCGGCCGGAAUGCCCAUUCCGGCCCCGUUGGCUCGCCUGUUCAAUACGUGCUAUGUGCACGCCGGUAUUGACAGGCGCGAUCCGCGCAUCUCGCCCCGGUUUGCGGAGCUGGAGCGGUUCCCAAGGCGCAUGCUGGUGAUUACGGCGGACUGUGAUACUCUGGCUCCUGAGGCGGAGGAACUGGCGACCAAACUUCAGCAGAGACAGGGAUGGCAUGUGGUCUGCGAGCGCAUGGAGUCGUGUAACCACGGGUGGGACAAGCACACUCGGGCCGGACCCCCGCAACUUCAAGCCAAAGAGCGUGCUUACGGGUUGGCUAUUGAUCUGUUGAAGGAGUGA